CAUAAAUAUAAAUAUCAGGACCGAAACCAAACAAAAAUAGAGUUUUUGUUCUAACUACUUUGAGGAACCUGCGAAUCUAAGAUGGGGUGGUUGGUGUUUCUCGUUUGCUUUGUACUACUUGAUUCUCAAUUUCUAAUCUACCCCUCUACUCCUUUACCUUCUCAAUUGUGCCAUCCAGAUGAGAGAUCUGCUUUGCUCAAAUUCAGCAACUCCUUAUCUCUCAAUCCAGAAUACUUAGAUAUUGCACACUUGAAGACUGUCUCUUGGAAGAAUGGUACUGAUUGUUGUUCAUGGGAUGGAGUGUUGUGUGAUACUAUUUCGGGCCAUGUAAUUGGCCUUAACAUGAGUUUUAGCUUCCUUCAAGGCUCUCUUCAUUCCAAUAGCACCCUCUUCUCACUUCGACAUCUCCAAUCCUUAAUCCUCGACGACAUUAAUUUCAAUGGCUCUCCAAUUCCUUCUGAUUUUAGUAGUCUUGCCAACUUGAAAAGACUAGCCUUGGUAAUACCAAUUUUUCUGGUAAUGUACCUGUCGAGCUGUCUCACCUUUCUAAACUCUCUCAUCUCAUAUUUUCUUCUACAAAUAGUAUUUUUCUGGAGACAUAUGUCUUAAAAAGAAUGCUUCAAAAUUUCACCGAUCUGAGGGAGCUCACUUUGAAUCGUGUCGACAUGUCUGGUGUUUCACUAGAUAAUAACUUGUUCACGAAUGUGUCUUUGUCUUUGAUGUUUCUUGAUCUCAGUCACUGUGAAUUGCGAGGGAAAUUUCCCGGAAAUGUCUUUCGCUUACCAAACCUUCAUCACCUUGAUUUAUGGAACAACAAUGACUUGACUGGCUCUUUGCCUACAUUUAAUUGGAGCAGCCCACUCAGGUACUUAGUUCUUUCACACACCAAAAUCUCUGUUGACUUCUCGAACUUGUGUACAAGUGCCAAGUUUUUGCAGGUUUUGUCUCUCCGAAAUUGUAGUUUUAGAGGGCCAUCAUAUCCUGUAAUGUUGACUAAUCUCACCCAAUUAGUACAACUCACUGCUUUAUACCUCAAUUACAACAAUUUUGGGGGUCAGAUCCCAUGGUUUUCUCUUAAUAUUCAACAACUCAUCGAAUUAGAUCUUUCUGGCAACAAUUUUGUUGGUGAGAUUCCUGAAAUCUUAGAAACAAACUCCACCCAAAGUCCAUUGUCAGUGCAUUUAGAAGUCCUUAUUUUAUCUGAUAACUUACUCAGUGGAUCAAUACCUUCUUGGAUAUAUUCUCUUCCAUUUUUAAGGUAUUUACGCCUAAAUCGUAAUAAAUUUACUGGCCCAAUUAAAGACUUUAAAUCAAAAUCUAUUGAAAGCCUUCUCUUGGGUUUCAAUAAAUUUCAUAGCCAGAUUCCAAGCUCAAUUUUUCAACUAGAGAACCUAAAACAUCUAUUUCUCUCCACCAAUAAUUUGUAUGGUGAUUUGGAGUUAUACAAGUUCUCAAUGUUGAGAAAUCUUGAGAAUCUUGAUCUUUCUUAUAACAAUGUUACUUUGAGCUCAAAUAACUAUCUUGAUAAUGAUAAUCUUUUCCCUCAACUUCAAUAUUUGAGUUUGGCUUCGUGCAAUAUUAGUGCUUUUCCAUCUUUUCUGAAAAGCAUGAAAAAACUAAAGAGGUUAGGACUUUCCAAUAAUCAAAUUCACGGAAGUAUUCCCGAAUGGUUAUGGAAUCAAGGCACUCCUUCAUUGUCUCAUUUAAAUAUAUCUCACAACUUUUUGACACAUGUAGAGCAAAUUCCAUUUAAAAACUUACAAUAUUUGGAUCUUCGCUCUAACAUGAUACAAGGGAAUCUGCCAAUUGUUCCACCUUCAUUGAUUGUUCUUUUCAUCUCCAACAAUCUUCUGUCUGGAGAAAUUCCUUCUUCAUAUUGCAAUUUGAGUAAAAUUUACAUCCUUGAUUUCUCUAAUAAUAGUAUUCAAGGAAAAAUCCCUUCAUGCCUUGGAAACAAAUUCUACCUUUCCGUAUUGGAUUUGGAUAUAAAUAAUUUGAGUGGAGAAAUCCCUUGUGACAUGUUUGAAAAUUCAACAAAUUUGAGGAGUCUGCACCUUAAUGACAAUCAACUAGAAGGAUCCCUUCCACGAUCAUUGUGCAAUUGCAAAAGUUUGGAAGUUUUAGACGUGGGAAAAAACAAGAUAAACGAUACCUUCCCUCACUGGUUGGAAGAUCUUCCAAUGCUUCAAGUUCUUGUUUUGAAUUCCAAUAGAUUCCAUGGUUCUAUAGGCGCACCUACUGUUAAAUCUCCUUUUCGCAAGUUGAAAAUCAUGGAUCUCUCUAAUAAUGGAUUCAAUGGUCUCUUACCCACAAAAUAUUUUGAAAGUUUCACAGCUAUGAUGGAUGGACGUGCAAUCAGUAAAAUGACACGCAUAGGAGACAACUAUUACCAAGAUUCUGUGAUUGUGUUCAUGAAAGGUACUGAACAUGUGCUAGAAAAAAUAAUAAGUAUUUUCAUAACAAUUGAUUUCUCAAAAAAUGACUUUGAAGGAGAAAUUCCGAAAUUGAUUGGAAAUCUAAAAGCUUUGAAAGGGCUCAACUUUUCUCAUAACAAGCUAAAGGGAUCCAUUCCAAUGUCAUUGAUAUAUUUAAGUAAUAUUGAAUGGUUAGAUCUGUCUUCAAAUGAGUUAGUUGGAAAGAUUCCAAGUAAGUUAACAAAUUUGACACAACUUUCAUUCUUAAACCUUUCACUUAACAUAUUAGUUGGACCAAUACCUUGUGGAAAUCAAUUCGAUACAUUCAAAGAUGAUUCAUAUAGUGGGAACUUAGAUUUAUGUGGGUCUCCUCUAUCUACUUCGUGCGACAAUGGUAAGGUGCAACAAGAAGGAGAUCAUAGUGAGAAACAUGAUGAUCGUGGAAUAUUUGAUUGGAAGAUCGUGAUGAUGGGCUAUGGAUGUGGAAUGAUAAUUGGAAUAUUUUUUGGAUACACAAUAUUUUUCAGUACAAGGUUUCAUGAUUCUUGGCUGAGGAAAAAGAUUGAAAGAGGAGGGGUGCGAAGACUGCCUCUUAAAAUAAUUCUUCGUUUGAGAAGGAGCUAGAAUAGAAGAAAGAAAUAGAUCGUGAUGAGGGAAAGUGGUGACAUAUAUAUGGUACAAAAAGGCGAGACAGUGAUGAAGUUUGGAGAUGUACACAACUACUCUUGAUUUGCCUAUGAUGUAUGAAUUCUCUUAUAUUUGUCUUGUUUCCUUACAAAAUAUACAUUUACAUAUAUAAUCGUUGAGUGAGAAAAAUAAAGAAUAUUUUCUUUUCUUUUUCUAA